GUUUUAGUGAAAAAUCUUAGGUCAAAUCGGGCUAGAGAACCGCGAGCGGAACCCUUCGCGGGGCGCUAGCGUCAUGGUUAGCGGCGGAGCGAUAAGACUACCCAAUGACAGUUAUUACCAUUCCGUCGGUACGCCCUAUUCCCCUUUCAGACAUCGACCACGGCGUACGUACAUGCGCAGACGAUCACGAGUACGCUCAUCCAUCCCACCAUCGUGUUCGCUCCAUAGCCCCCAUUCAAUCGUACGAUGGAAUUAGCUCGCACACCUUUAUCACUUCUGUCCAUCUCAAGUUCCAGGGCGCGUAGAUGGUCGAGCAUAAAAGGAGCGGCAAUCUUUGCCACGAAAAUCUGUACAACGCAAAGCGGCGCGGCACAACAUAUCGCCACAUACCGCAACACAACAUCUUAAUACAUACCGUCCCGUAUCAUAGCCCCACUCAAUAUAAUACUCUCUGAUGGAGCAUACGGGUUCAGGAAUGCCGCCCUUGACGCCCUUGGCGAUGGGCCCGCACGAUACUAGCACCUUUACCGUUGACGACUAUUCUUAUCCUAUCGAUGGGUCUACUCAGAGCAUACCUAAGGGGGAGACCGAUGGGUGCUUCGUCGAUCAGACCCAGACCCACUUCUUCGUGCAUUCUUCCCAGGAUGGAGUCAUCAACAGGGAACCAGGAAGUAGUUAUCGGAAGAGAAGGGCCCCAGAGGAGUUUGAGCGGCCGUAUAUCUAUGGAUGGGAAGACUGCGACAAGCGAUACGGUACAUUCACCCACCUGAACCAUCACGUAGAAGCGAAAGGGCAUGGGAAGAGACGAGAGUCGAAAGGUGAGGGCUCCUUACCCAACUAGACUCAUAUUAGAACUAAAUUUGUCAUAGAUUUCCGACACGUUCGCGAGGAGCAGCGAAGACGACGUAAUGUAGAAAGGUCGGAAAGGCUGAAGCAGCGACUUGGGCCAGCAGUUCCAAUGGAAACCAGCGCCACGAGCAGUGAGGAAGUCGCUCCGAGCUGUCACGGUCGCCACAGGGCUCAUGUGACAGGAUUGAUUCUAUUGGCUGCAUUGUGCUUAGGGUGUGGCCUGUGCGCA